UACAGACGACCUGGAGUUUCCUACAGCAUAUCCACACAUCAGGCUUUUACUGCCUCGACAGCCAGCUUCCAUACGUGGCUCAGAAUAUACACUGGGUUCUCCUGUUUGCUGCUACAUCCACUGAACAAGGACCACUGACAACUUUUCUCACAGCUCUGAUUCAAACAGACAACAAGAAUGAAGUUUAUCAUAAUAACAUUUUGCCUCAUUGGAGCAGUUUUUGCUAACCCCAUUUCAUACAAUGCCGUUUUGGAAUCAAAUGAGCUUGAUUCAAACACUACUGAAAGUUUGUCUGUUUCACAAUCAUCUGAAAAUGACACCUCAGAGCUCCAGAGCUCUGAAGAAAGUACCUCAAGUGAAAGUCAGAGUUCAGAGUCAGAAUCAUUAGAAUCCACCUCAGAGGACACGACAUCAGAGGAGAGUAACAGUCAGUCAGAUGAGGAUGAUGAGACAUACUUUAUGGCUGAAACCAGAGAUAACAGCAUGGGCAGUGAGGAGAAUGUUCGAAAGAGUUGGGUUCGAGAGUUUGCAAGUGUCAUCAAAGACCUGAGCGCAGAGGACAACAGCAGCAUGGAAGUCAAUGGUCUCUCCGACCAACAUACCAAGAAACAGGCCACUCAUACCUCCACAAACCUUUUACUGGUGGAGAAUCCCUCCGACAGCAGUGACACCACCAGCUCAGACACCAGUGACAUUACUGCUGUCACAGCUGUCACCAGCGACAGCAGUGAGAGCACCAGCAGUGAAAGCGACGAGACCAAUGAGACCAGUGAGACCAGCGACAGCAGUGAUGACAGCAGUGAUGACAGCAGUGAUGCCAGCAAGAGUGCAGAGGACAGUAAUGCCAGUGACAGCAGCGAGCUGCAACAAAUCAAAACCCAAGACUGCGUGAACGGGACUCAAAGCUGUGAAAGUGAAGAGUAUUUCUUCCAGGACAUAGGAGACGAUGCUCAUCACUCAGUGGAUAACCUGAUGGUGCCAGAUGAGGAUGAAAGGGAGUUAAGUCUAAGAAGAUGAUGGCGUGCACUUGUGCAGCUCUGUGUUUCCCACUAUGAACUACAACACUAUUAAAAGACCUGCCUGAAGACAUCAGGAUGACAUAUUUGCUCUUGCCCAUCGCUUCUGAUGUUGAGUUUGGCAUUAUAAUAUUACCUGCAGCUGACUGAUUUUUAUGUGUGUGUGUGUGUGUGAUUCUUACUGUGAUUAUGAUAUAGCCUUUAAGUAUUUACUAUGUUUUGAUAAUAAUAAACAAAUAAUAUAACCAUG